AUGCUCUUCAACAACUUCGUUGCUGCCGCUUUCCUGGCUUUCGCCAGUGUCGGUAUAACCAGCCCGGUUCCUGCCACCGGUGACAUUUCCGUGGGUGACACGAACCCCCUCAUUGCCGCUCGUCAGCGUGUGGUUCCUAAGCCUUCAGGCCCUGUCCCUGGUGCUCCCAACAAGGGCUCUGCCGCCACCGCCAUUCUUGGGAUCGCCGAGAAAAUCAACCUCCUGAUCCAGCAGACGAUUGACAAGGACCUUGAGGUAUCAGACGACGGUCAGGUACGACGCCAAGCUGGGAACGACUGUGACGUAGUCGUUCUUGGCGCUGGAGCUUCCUUCACCCGCCAGGGAGAUGGUGGCUUUGAGAACUGGGCCUACAGCAUUCCCGGCUCCUGCAGGAUCAACCGCGAGACCAUCAGCUGCUAG